ACGACUGAUUGGCGGAGACGCAGCGCGCGGAAGCGGGAAACGCAAACACACACAGUGAGGCAUGUCUCGACGCGACGCGACCGAGGGCGGAUUUAAACAUGUCUUCGCGAUCCUGCGGUCGUUAUAUCCGCGUGUUCAGACUCUGGAGGAGUUCGCAGACGGGCUCGUGUUCUCUGACGGACGGAAACCGGUUCUUCUUGAUGAAAACGACGGCGCGCGAUUUCAAAAACUCGCUGGAGGACUGCUCAUAUGCGCGCGCACGCCACCGCAGCAACUGCGCGUCCCCGCACAGCUCAGCACGCUGCCGGAGGUUUUGGCGUUCACACUAAACCACAUCAAGCGGAAGAAGCUGAGGAACGUGCUGGGAUUCGGCUAUCAGUGCAACGACGUGACGGCCUGUUCCGACCCCUUCCGUUUCCACGGCGAUGUUUCGCAGACGGCCGCCUCCAUCAGUACCAGCGAGCUCUGGAAGCGGAUCAACCAGCGUCUGGGAACGGAAGUCACGCGAUACCUGCUGCAGGAUUGCGCAGUGUUUACCACCGUCCCGCCGUCCUGUUUGCUGCAGGUGUGCGGCGAGCCCGUGUACGAUCUUCUGCUGCCGCGCACCUGGUCCGGAUUCUUCCUGGACCGCGGCGCGACUCAAACAUCGUCCGGUGUGACGCGACAAACUCCCGUCUGCAUCGUCCGGAAGAAAGUCGCAAGAGACGAUAAGAAAAUUGUUUCCAAAAAGAGAGCGAGAGAGGAGGAAACAGGACGACAAACGGGAAGAUCGUCCGAUUAUCACGGAUCGCAGAGCUGGAAACCCGCGGAUCAAUGUCCUCCUCGACCGUCACGCUGUUCCAUCCGCGUUUUGAGUAUGCUUUAUGGUGGGCGGGGCUUGAAGGGCUUCCUGCUUAACAGGAAGCUGAAAGUAGGUGUGGGCGGGGCUAGACGGCUGCAGGGGGCAGAUCUUGUGCGGAUCAUUUUUCUCCAAUCAGAUUCCAACAUGUUUGACGGACAGACUAAGUUUAGAAAGCUUCCCAAGCGUUUCUUCGCAAUGGUUCCCUUGUUCGCUCGGCUCUUGCGGCAGCACAGGAAGUGCCCGUAUACUCUCUUCCUGCGCAGGAAGUGCUCGGUGAAUGCAGAGACGGAGGAUAUGGAGACGCUGCUGAAGUCGCACUUGUCGCCUUACAGGGUGUAUCUGUUCGUGAGGGACUGUUUGCGAUACGUUGUUCCCGAGGAACUUUGGGGAUCCCAGGAAAACCAGCUCCACUUCCUGUCCAACGUGAAGAACUUCCUUCGUCUUGGGAAGUUUGAGCGUCUCCCAUUGGUUCAGCUGGUGUGGAAGAUGAAGGUCAAGGCCUGCCAUUGGCUGGGGCUCAAGAAACGUCAGUGUGCGAGUGAGCACCGCUACAGAGAGUGGAUCUACGGUCAGUUUCUGGGCUGGAUGUUGAGCGUUUACGUCAUGGGUUUGGUCAAAGCGCUGUUCUACGUCACCGAGAGCAUGGGACAGAAACACACGCUGCGCUUCUACAGAGGGGAAGUGUGGAGCAAACUACAGGAAAUGGCCUUCAGAGCUCAUCUGUCUAAGGGCCAGUGGAGGGCGCUGUCUCCGUCUCAGGCCCUAAAGUUCCCCAAGAGCUCAGUGACGUCCCGAAUCCGGUUCAUCCCAAAGGUGAACAGCAUGAGACCCAUCACUCGCCUCACAGGACCCCGAGACUCACUGCAGGUCUUCCAGAGCGGCGUGCGGCUCCUGCAGAACGUGUUGAGUGUGUGUGUGCGAGAGGCCCCGGGGCCCAUGGCUCCACCGUCUGGGGCUGGCAGGGCAUUCACCGAGUCCUCAAGGAGUUCGGUCCGCAGCAGAAGAGCUCGCCGGAGACCGCUGUAUUUCGUCAAGGUGGACGUGAGCGGGGCGUACGACAGUCUCCCUCAUCAGAAAGCUGGUGGAGGUGUUGGGUGA